AUGGAAAUGUACUUGAGCGGCGUUAACUGUGCUUCUUUUGUGAUGCUCGAACAUUACGAUCAAAUGUGUAAAUUGAUCGCACCCGCACGACACAAUGAAAUUGUUUCAGAAGCUUUAAAAAACGAGAAAAAUUUAAGCAGUGCAGAGUUAAAAAUUUUAAAAAAACACAAAUCGAAAGAUGCCGAUCACAAAGCCGUUACGCAGAAUACGAGUAUGCGAGAAACAACAGAUGAGUUUUACAGUGCACCGGCGGAUUCAACAACAAUCGAUACUAUCGCUAGUACCGCCGUAAAUAGUUUGAAUGAUCAAAAAUUGUUAAUUUCAUCGAAAAUAUUUAAAAAUAAAUCAACAACCGAUAUUAAAUCCUCAACGUCUAAAUCGCAAAAUAAACGUCAGAGCUCGUCGAGAUCCGUCGAGGAAAAAUCGCCGGAGUCGAAAAAAAAACGUGCGAGUUCAUCGAUAUCUGUCGUCGAACGGACCGAGCCGAACGUCGACGCGAAAUCGCCGGAGCCGAAAAAUAAACGUACGAGUUCGUCAAUAUCCGUCGAACGGACCGAGCCGAACGUCGGCGAAAAAUCGCCGGUUCCGAAGCCGAAAAAAGAACGUACGAGUUUGUCAAAAAACGUCAAACGUAUAGACUCGACCGUCGAAAGCAAAUCUCUGGCGUACGAGCCUAGAAAAAAACGUUCGAGUUCGUCUAAAAACGUAAAUUCCGAAAAGCCGACCGCUGACAAAAAAUCGUCGGAACCAGAGUCGGAAAACAAACGUCCGGCUUCAUCGAAAACAGUCGAACGCAUGGAACCGACUGUCUACGACGGAUUUACGUCGUUCGAGCAAGAAAAACAACUACCGGUAUCGUCAAAAAGUGUCAAACCCGACAAUCCAACCGCAGAAGACGGAUCUCCGACGUCCGAGGGAGAAAAACGACGGUCACGAUCGUCUAGAAACGUCAAAUACGAAAAGACGUUUGUCGGCGGAGGAUUUGAUCGACGGCCGGUCUUUAAGUCCGAAUCGGAGGCGUCGCGUGUCAAGUUAUCGAGAAGAGUCAAAUGUAAUCCGAACACCGAUAUAUCACAUUUAAAAAAAUACACGUUAAAUCCGAAUUGCACUAUCGGAUUAGUAGAUUUAAAUUUAAAAAAAAAUCACGAUAUUUCGGCGGUCGAUUCGAAAAAAAGCGCCGAUUUAGAUAAUAAGCGCGCGGUUACAUUUUCUAGAAGCCAGUUAAAAAAAAAAUACGAUAAACCAUUAGAUUUUGUUAAAAAAAUUUCGCCGCAAAAAAAAAUAUCUUUAAUCGUCCGAUUGCCGAUUUCCGAUAAAAAUAAAUUGAUCGACUGUAUAAAUAAAUUAUUUUUAAUACAUUUUUCAGCAAAAUUAAAAAGAUCUCAAUCUAAUAAAAAUGAAAAUGGUUCAAUUACAGUUAUUAAUAACUAUAAUGACCUUUCUGCAAGUAGCUUAACAGAAAACAAUAAUGUGGUUUUAUCUCCAUCACUGUUGAUUUCUCCUGUGACUCCACCUAAUUCAAAAAUUAAUUCCGUAGCAAGAAAUCUCUUUCCAUCCCAAUCUCCGGCCAUUCAGCCAAAAAAAGUUGGGUAUGAUAAGACUUCACAGCUAUAUGUCGUUACAAAACUGACAGAAAUGAAUACCAAAAUAAACAAACUCGUUUUGGAUAUGUCUAGGCAAGAGGAAUUACUAAAAGAUGUUUUAAAAAUUGUUAAGUUUCAAGAUAAAAGUAUUGAUGAUAAUGAUGACUAUGGCGAUGAUAUUUUUCCUGGAGGAUUUCCUAUUGACGACUUAGACUCUUUAAGAGAAAUUAAUAUUAGUCUAAAAAAUGAUGAUGUGUUCCGUAAAAAACUGAUAAAAAAGUUAAAAUGCUACCAUGGUUCAAACAUUGGGAAAGUAACUAAAUCAAUUAUGGAUCUAGUAUUUACAAAUAAUCUUGGAAGACAAGUAUCCUUAACAGGCAAAGGUCCAAUGAACAAAAAAGAAAAGGAACCUCUCAAGUCUUUAUUUCUUUUUAAAAUAAUUAUAAAUGCUAUUCUCAAAAACGUUAAAAAUUCCAGCGUCUCUUCUGCACACAAAGCAGUAUCAGGGUGGCUAAAACAUGCAAAAGAACGGUAUGAAAGACAUAUUGUCAACAACAGUCCAAUUGAUAAUUCUCAAGACUCUUAA